UUCGCGGGCGCCGCCCUCAAAUAGGGCUCCGGCCGCCGCCGCCGGGCAGCGCAGGAGACGCGGCCAUGCCCGCCCCAGCCGCGCCCCGCCGUCUGGCUGCCGCCGCCCCCGCCGGCAAGGCCAAGCUCACCCACCCCGGCAAGGCUAUCCUGGCAGGUGGCCUGGCUGGAGGAAUAGAGAUCUGCAUCACGUUCCCCACUGAGUAUGUGAAGACGCAGCUACAGCUGGACGAGAAGGCAAACCCUCCCCGCUACAAGGGCAUCGGGGACUGCGUGAAGCAGACCGUCCGUGACCAUGGCAUCCGGGGGCUGUACCGGGGGCUCAGCUCGCUGGUGUAUGGCUCCAUCCCUAAGGCUGCUGUCAGGUUCGGGAUGUUCGAGUUCCUCAGCAACCAGAUGAGAGACGAGCAGGGGCGGCUGGACAGCACGCGCGGCCUCAUUUGCGGGCUGGGCGCCGGUGUGGCCGAGGCUGUGGUGGUGGUCUGCCCCAUGGAGACCAUAAAGGUGAAGUUUAUCCAUGACCAGUGCUCCCCCAAGCCCAAAUACCGUGGCUUCUUCCAUGGCGUCCGGGAGAUUGUUCGGGAACAGGGACUAAAGGGGACCUACCAGGGCUUAACCGCAACUGUCCUCAAGCAAGGAUCAAACCAAGCCAUCCGCUUCUUCGUCAUGACCUCCCUCAAGAACUGGUACAAAGGGGAUGAUCCCAACAAGGUGAUCAACCCCUUUGUCACGGGGGUGUUUGGAGCCCUCGCCGGAGCUGCAAGUGUCUUUGGCAACACCCCCUUGGACGUGGUGAAGACCAGGAUGCAGGGGCUGGAAGCUCACAAGUACAAGAGCACCUGGGACUGCGCCUACCAGAUCAUGAAAUAUGAAGGGCCCCUGGCGUUUUACAAGGGCACAGUGCCUCGCCUAGGCCGUGUCUGCCUCGACGUGGCCAUUGUCUUCGUCAUCUACGAUGAGGUGGUCAAGUUCCUCAACAAGGUGUGGAAAACAGACUGAGGGGGCUGGGCCAGGGCACCCCAGCCUCCCUUGCCCCCUGGGGCUGCAGCUGGAAAGCCGUGACCAAGCCCGCAGCUGCCCACUGGUGCUGCCCGGGGCCAAGUCUGCCCCACACGCGUGCCCUCCCCCCAAACCCAGCCACUUUCAUGUUUAGGAACAGGCUCUGGAGCAGGCCAAAUUAUUAGUGUGCCAAAAGGAGGCUGCAGUAUUCCAGCACCCAGGCCUCCAGCAUCCUGAUUAUGCCCGCCCCAGUCCCCCGGUGACAUUUCCCCCUGGUCCCGCAUCACCUGCGAGUGCCAGUUAUCCAGGGUGAGGUGUCCCCUGGGAGGGUUGCCUUGUGUCUCGGGGGGCAACUCUUUUGGGGGAUGUUGAUAGUCCUCCGAAGCCAUAGGGAUGCAAUGGCCAAGUUGUGCACCAGGCAUCAAAGCUGGCAGAAGCUUUUGGGGCUGACUGCCGGCUGGGAGCAGUGCACCAGGUCUUGGCAGCGGCUCUGGGGGGGACCAUCAGCCUUGCACCCCCUGGUAUGGAAGGGCAGCAACUCGCUUUUUUGGCCCCAGGCUCCCUCAUCCCUGGUGGCACUGAUACCGCUUGAGGUGCAGCAUCCCAGCCUCGGGGUCACACUCAGCUCCAGGCUGCUGAGAAGGCACUUCCCAAGAUGGCACAUGCAGCCAGGCCUUUUGUUCUUGUCACUGUGGGGCUGGGACUGGGGUGAGCCAGGUGCCCCAUCACUUGCCAUUUACAGUUGAGACGCGUGUGUGAGCCAGGGUGAGGAGACGCAGCCCUGUGCUACAGACUUGGCCCCUCAGCCAGGGGUGUGAACCCCUUCUUCUGCCACAUUCCCCUCAUCUGCCCUCCUGCUGCCAUGCUGCAGCCCCGUAGGUAAUCCUGUAGCUUUUGGAGCUUCAUGCUGACCCACUAACACCCACCACCGUGGGGCUGGAACCCUGCCCUGUGUCCCACUGCGCUCUGCCCUGCUGGAUUUGUGCCAAACUUCCUGUGAAGGAAUCUGGGGGUUUGUGGGACGUGGGUCUUGCCCCAUCCCUCCUCUCUCCUGUCACUAGUGAUGAACGCAGCCUUAACAUGGCAGGGUGAAGGAGGAGAAAGCAAGCCCAGGCAUGAUUUACCUGCGGCUUUCUGCUCUGAAGCCAUUGAGGGUUGAAUUAUUAUUUUUUUUUUUAAUUAUUAUUCUGUUUUACAUUCACAGUUUGAAUAAAAUCAGUCUGGCUUUAGCAGCUG